GUAUACCUCACACAACCUAUUAUGAGAUGAUCAACUCAUUCAAUUUAUAGCCUAUAUAUAAAACUUUUUUUCCAUAUCUUCUUUUUCAUUAGUUGUUGGCUUUUGUUUUUUAGUUUUCUUUUUUUCUCUAUAAAUCCCUUGAGACAGUGAUCACAUUCAAAACAAACUCUCCUUUUAGUACAAGCCUCUUUCUACUUAUUAAUAAAUCUAGGUUACUUUCUCAAUAUUGCCAAGCCUCGAAAAAGCUGCGAUUUCUUUUCCUCACUUUGAUAUUGUUCAUUCAUCAUCACUCCCCUCUAUAUAAACCCAAACCCUUCCUUCACUUCUUUCACUUCUAUCUCACUAGUACUCUUUCACUUCCAAUCAAACUUUUUUAUUCUUCUUUCUACUGAGAAAUGGGUGAAGAAAUUUUGAGUAGUGCGGUGGUUGUUAGUGUGAGAGAGUUUGAUCCAAAUAAAGAUAGAGAAAGUGUUGAAGCCGUUGAAAAAAUAUGUGAAGUUGGUCCCAGUGGAAAACUUUCUCUCUUCACCGACUUGCACGGUGACCCUAUUUGCAGGGUCCGCAACUCACCAACUUACCUUAUGCUGAUAGCUGAAGUAGGCAAUGAGACAGUCGGAAUGAUACGAGGUUGCAUCAAAACCGUUACAUGCGGAAAGAAGAUCAUAAGACAAACGAAGAACACGAAGAGCUCUGAAUCAAAUUCCAAUCAUGUCCCUGUGUUUACGAAACUCGCGUACGUGUUAGGCCUCCGAGUUUCGCCGAAUCACAGAAGAAUGGGGGUAGGGUUGAAACUGGUACAAAAAAUGGAAGAAUGGUUCAGAGAGAAUGGUGCUGAGUAUUCAUACAUGGCAACGGAAAACGACAACGUUGCAUCAGUAAAACUUUUCACCGACAAAUGCGGUUACGCAAAGUUUCGUACACCGUCAAUCCUCGUGAACCCCGUUUUCGCGCACCGUGUAAAAACGUCGUCGUCGAAGGUAACCAUUAUGAAGCUUACACCAAACGACGCCGAAUCGAUUUACCGUAACAAAUUCUCCACCACCGAGUUUUUUCCUCGUGACAUUGAUUCUGUUUUGAAAAACAAACUCACUCUCGGAACUUUUCUCGCUGUUCCGUCUGAUGGAAACUAUGGGCCUGAUAAUUGGGCCGGGCCGGAAGCAUUUUUAAUGGAUCCACCGGGUUCAUGGGCUUUAGUCAGUGUUUGGAACUGUAAAGACUUGUUUACCCUUGAAGUGAAAGGCGCGUCGCGCGUGAGACGCGUGUUGGCUAAAACAACUCGCGUGAUAGACAAGGCUUUUCCGUGGCUACGGUUACCUUCGAUUCCGAACUUUUUUGAACCGUUUGGGUUUCAUUUAAUGUAUGGAAUUGGUGGGGAAGGUCCUGAAGCAUUGAAGAUGGUGAAAUCAUUGUGUGGUUUUGCUCAUAAUCUUGCUUUGGAAAAUGGUUGUAGUGCGGUUGCUACGGAGGUUUCUAGCUGCGAGCCUCUUCGGUUUGCGAUUCCUCACUGGAAGGUUUUGUCUUGCGAAGAGGAUUUGUGGUGUAUUAAGAGACUUGGGGAAGAUUAUAGUGAUGGUUCUGUUGGUGAUUGGACUAAAUCGCCACCUGGAUUUUCCAUUUUUGUUGAUCCUAGAGAGUUUUAAGGUUUAAGUUCUAACUUAACUAGAAAUUAGAUGAACCAAAUAGUUUUUCUUUUAGAACAAAAAAAGUGGGAAAAAUCAUGAAAGUUUAGAUUUUCUUUUUUUAGUUGUAGCGAGGGACAUGUGAUUUCAUUUCAUGUCAUGUCAUAUCAGUAAUGAGAGAUGUGCAUUUUGAUUGUAAAGGAACAAGAAUAGUAUAUCCCUCUUUUUAA